AUGGUAUGCGGGCCUGCAGCGGCCGAGAGGUUUUCGUUCCUGACGCAGUUGGAGUGGCUGGAGCAGAUGGAGCAGGAAAUUGAAGGAGAAGUUGGGGAGUUCUCAACUUCUCUCUCUCAACUGCGCAGCUCGUUCAAUGAGCUCGUGGAGAAGCGGGUGCAGACUUUGAAGCAGGCGGAGCAGCUGAAGCAGGAGCUGAAGCAGGAGCAGCAGCUGCAGCAGCAACUGAAGCAGAAGCAGGAGCAACUGGAAGAGCACCUGGGGGAGGUGAAGCAGAAGCUGAAGUUGCUGAAGCAGGCGCAGGAGGCGGAGGAGGCGGAGGAGGCGGAGGAGGAGACGGAGGAGGUGGAGGAAGUGGAGGAGGUGGAGGAGGCGGAGGAGGAGACGGAGGAGGUGGAGGAGGUGGAGGAGGUGGAGGAGGCGGAGGAGACGGAGGAGGUGGAGGAGGUGGAGGAGGUGGAGGAGGCGGAGGAGGAGGCGGAGGAGGAGGCGGAGGAGGCGGAGGAGGAGGCAGAGGAGGUUUCGACUUCUCUCCCUCACCCACGCAGCUUGUUCAAUGAGCUGAUGGGGCUGCUGGAAAAGCAAGUGCAACUCGAGCAGCCGGAGCACCUGCAGCAGCUGGAGAAGCUGGAGAUGCGUUUGAAUGGAAGCAACCAGGAGCUCCCAGUUCCCUUAGUGUUUCUCCCUCGCCUGCGCAGCUUGCUGAUAGAGGCGCCUGGGAUUCGCAGACUCCCGGGAAACCUGGCAGCAGCGUUGCCGGAGCUGCGGCAACUGGAUCUUCGUUCUUGGUCACCGCAGGAGCUGCCGGGGAGCAUAUGCGAGCUCACCAAGCUGACGUCACUACUGAUCAACGCACGGCGGCUGGUGGCGCUACCUCAAGGCAUAAGCUCCCUGGAUCGACUGCGCAAACUGGAGUUGUUUUAUUGCAAGGCCUUGCAGCACCUCCCGGAGUGUCUCACCCAGCUGCACCAGCUGGUUCUCGAAGGCACCUCCAUCCCUUCCCUUCCUGCGAAUCUGGUGGGUGGGGCACACAUGGUGCAGGUGGGUGGGGCACACAUGGUGCAGGUGGGUGGGGCACACAUGGUGCAGGUGGGUGGGGCACACAUGGUGCAGGUGGGUGGGGCACACAUGGUGCAGGUGGGUGGGGCACACAUGGUGCAGGUGGGUGGGGCACACAUGGUGCAGGUGGGUGGGGCACGCAUGGUGCAGGUGGGUGGGGCACACAUGGUGCAGGUGGGUGGGGCACACAUGGUGCAGGUGGGUGGGGCACACAUGGUGCAGGUGGGUGGGGCACACAUGGUGCAGGUGGGUGGGGCACACAUGGUGCAGGUGGGUGGGGCACACAUGGGGCAGGUGGGUGGGGCACACAUGGUGCAGGUGGGUGGGGCACACAUGGUGCAGGUGGGUGGGGCACGCAUGGUGCAGGUGGGUGGGGCACGCAUGGAUUAUUUUCUUUUAGGCGACUCUGUAGCAGUGUGCUCUGCCAGUUCUUACCAUUCAUUUCCCCCUCUUUCCCACUAUCCCCACAUUCCCACUUUCCCAUCUUCCCAUCUUCCCAUCUUCCCACCUUCCCGCUUUCCCACCUUCCCGCCUUCCCACCUUCCCGCCUUCCUGCCUUCCCACCCACCUGCCAUCAUUUCUCCCUCGCUGCAGGGCCGAUACACCAAGUGCACGGCCAAGAUCGCCACUCUCAUCACAGGUUUCCUGAAUGGCAGUCUGCUGCUGCUGCUCACCAAGAGUGGUGGCACGUUCCUCCCCCCUGAUAUUUGA